UACAGACCAAAAUGAAGUUCGAUGUUCUCUAAGGGACCACACCAGACUUGUCCCUCAAGGUCUCUGGCAGACAGCACUUCAGGCAAACUCCUCCUCAACACCUUCAAGGCUUUUUAACCACGCAACCCUGCCUCCACUGUCCUCUGCUACCUCCGCCCAACUCAACCACCUGACUCACACUAGACCCACACCAGACCUCUACGAAAGCUGAGGUGAUCGGUACUUUUGGUGAAAGAGACUUUGCACUGCUCCCAUGCAUCUAUUGGCUGUCUCUUUCUCUGUCUGUCUCUUUCAUGCAGCUUUCUGUAUCUCUAUUUCAGUCUCUCUCAAGCCACAUAAUGACAGACCUACUGUAUAUUAAAGGACCCUGCCCAUGCGUCCUCUCCCAGUCACCUCCCUCUUCAUGGGCCUUUAUAAGCCUUUCACACAGGGGGGGCACUACUUUCCAUAGAGGGACCGUGCACAAGCUUCUGGAAGGCUCACCAAUUCGCAAACCCACCUUUUCGCCCUCAGCCAGGGAUCUUCUGCCUAAACGCUGACCAUGGACAACCAUUCGUACAACUUCCCCUCAGACUGCACCCCGCUCACCAACUGUAAGUCUGCCCGUAAACCGGCUGGAUCCACCGUGGUGAACAUGGGCAACGCUGGCAAGAAUCCUCCCCGGGACUAUCUAGUCUGGUCGCUGUGCAACACCAUGUACGUCAACUUCUGCUGCCUGGGAUUCAUGGCUCUCAUUUACUCCAUCAAGGCCAGGGACCAGAAGACUCAGGGCAACCUGCAGCUGGCGCAGGAGUGUUCAGACAAGGCCAAGUGGUACAACAUCCUGGCAGCCGGCUGGAACAUGCUGAUUCCUCUUCUGGCCGUCGUCCUGCUUGUCCUCCUGCUCAUCCACCUGGGCACGUCCCAGGGCUCCUUCGACUUCUUCGGAGAGGAUGGCUUUCAAAGCUUCAUGAAACUGUUCAGCUGGUAGAUGGAGGCAAAGGGAAAUAAAAUUAAAAUAAAACACAGAUCGGUCUUAAAGUCAACCCAUUCACACUAACUGGGAGAGGGUGUUUGAUUGGAUUCAGCAGAUGACGGCUGACAUAAUAACCCCGAAUAAUUUUUGCCAGUCUAAGCCAAGAAACCAGGAUGUGUGCUGGUCGCAAUUUACUAAGCACUAAAAUAAUCCUCACUGGCGAGAAAGAAAAGCAAGUUUUGGUUUGUGUAUUACAAGAAUAUCCUCUGGAUGCACCAGUACUAAUGCUGCUUUCAAAAAGUCUGGCCAAUUAAAUACUUAAAACAGGGCAUUCAACCAGAAUCAGAGAGUUACACAUAAAGAACAAUGGAUAAAACAGAAUGCUUUUAGACCAGUGACCUAAAACUAAAGAUAAAAGUUUACAACAUUCAGUAAAAGCAACACAACAGUACAUCAUUUGUAUUGUGAGUGCUGUAGGAUAUUAGUAUUGGCUCAUCCUUAAUUGUAAUAUCAGUAUUGGAGGGAGUUCAGAUCACACAUGCCAGUCUCCCAGACACGGUCAGUAGAAAUGUGAAGUUGAUCAAAGACUGAACAGCCUGUAAAUGGAGAAGAGGGGAACAAACGGAGUUAAGAAAGGCUGAGAGAUCGAGCGAGCAGCUACUCUGGGUCAUUUCCGUUGUUAUUUAUUGUAUUUAUGUUGAAUGGAAAUUUUGAUGACAGCUGAAAUUAUCUCUAGUCGGGGUGUAAAGAGGAGAGAGAACAGAAGACUGUGGAGCCAAAGUCUGGACGUCACGAUGAUGAGAAGCCACUUGACAAAAGACAAUCAACAUUCACCUCCCUUUGAUCGUCAUUAUUAGUCUUACUUUUCUUCUUUCAGCAGUUAUGUUUUCACAUGUUAUUACUGUUACAACAUGCAUCUGUUUUUGAU